AUGUCCUCAAUACCCGUUCAUCAAUAUGACAGCGCCCAGUCCGUCUUCGAUCUCCUCGAGCGUCAGUUCGUCAUCGGCGAAGACACUCUCGUAGAGCUCACCCAGGCCUUCCUCGAGGAGUUCAAGGUUGGCCUAGAAAGCUACAACCAUCCUAUGGCGAUGAUUCCUACCUUCGUCACUGCAGUGCCAGAUGGCACAGAGACCGGCACUUUUCUGGCUCUCGAUCUUGGCGGCACAAAUCUGCGCGUGUGUGAGGUCGUGCUCAACGGAAACAAGACUUUCAAUCUAGUGCAACAAAAAUACAGAGUUUCGGAAACCCUCAAGUCUGGAGAGGCCACUGCUCUAUUUGAUUACCUCGCUGACUCGGUAGACGCGUUUCUUACGACGCACGCGACGACAGAUUACACAUCUCCCACGGAAGCAACCUCUGGAACUCCGUUAUCGGACGUCCAUCUCGGCUUGACCUUCUCAUUUCCCGUAGAACAGACAGCUCUCGGAUCGGGCAAAAUUCUGACAUGGACGAAAGGAUUUUCAGCAAAGAACGCUGUCGGAAAUGACGUUGUUAAACUGUUACAAGACGCUUUUGACAGAAAACAUAUGCAUGUCAAAUGUGUUGCCCUCGUCAAUGAUACCGUCGGGGCAUUGCUAUCUCGUGCUUAUCAGGCAGGCGGAUGCUUCGCAGGCGCUAUUUUUGGUACGGGGACAAACGGAGCCUAUAUGGAACAAGUUUCCAAAAUCAAGAAAUUGGCUGGAAACCCCGCUUGGGAUAAAGGUGGUCUGAUGGCCAUCAACACUGAAUGGGGAGCAUUCAACAAUUCACGUUCACAUCUACCUACAACUCCCUACGACAAUGCUAUUGAUCGUCUUAGUAUCAACCCUAAAUUCCAAGCUUUCGAAAAAUUCAUAUCAGGAAUGUACUUGGGUGAAGUUGUCCGCAACAUCAUAGUCUCCCUCGUCGAUGCUACGCCAAAGUCUUUGCUCUUCGGAGGAAAAUCAACCGCCUUCUUGAACAAACACUAUGGUCUUGAUACAAGCUUCAUGAGCGCGACGGAGGAAGCUUGGAUAGGCGAUGACUCCAGUCCGGAUGCGUUUGUUCAUCCUCCUUUGAGUGUUGAGUUUAAACGGGAGGAGUUGAAUGCAGCGGUUCUGAAGAAGCUAGACAAUAUUCGAACAAUUAUUGCGAAAACUCUGGGAUUCAAAUUGGAGGAUGUGUCGCUGAAUGAUGCUGCUGUCAUUCGGUGGAUUUGCUCUCUCGUAGCCAGACGAGCGGCCUUAUUGAGCGGAGUGGCUGUCGCUACGGUUUUGAUUCAAACAGAGCAGGCGACUUUGAAAGGCUUGGAAAAACCCGCUCGCGGUCUGAACCAGAAGCUUGGUGUUGGUGUGGACGGAAGUCUCAUCGAACAUUAUCCCAACUUUGGCAAAAUUCUUCGAGAGUCAUUGGUGCUUCUCGUUGGUGAGGAAGUUGAACAACGAGUAGAAAUUGGUCUCGCCAAAGACGGAAGUGGUGUUGGUGCUGCACUUUGUGCUCUCAUGGCCUUGAAGCAGGGGGCCGUUUAA